AUGGACGUCCCAGCUGCACCGCGACCACACUCAACGUUUGUUUUUUUCCCCCCAUUUUUUGUUCGGCCUAACAGGACCGAAAUCGUCCGGAGAGUACGCGAAAAGUAUUUGAAUUCAAUUUGCAGCACUCAGCGCCCGACGCAGGCCUAUUACGUGCCACGCAAGCUGCUCGAGUGUGGUCGCGGCCCGCAGUCUAAAGCAAAUUGCACCGAAAAGAAUGACAAGGUAAGUGAGGCGGGAGUGUUAUCGGACGGUGAACUUUCAGCAAAAAUACGAACUCGGGUAAUUUUCGGCAAGUUGCCGCAAGAAUCGGCAUCCGUGCCGUUUUCUGCGGCAACUUGCUGUAAGGGUGCCGAUUGCGUGCUUGCUACGCGCUGAACCCUUGCUACCGUUGCCGCUCAAAAACCUUGCUUCCCGCCCAUCCGACGUUUUCCUGUUGCACGCCCUAUCCAUGCUGAUGUCAUGCCGGAUCCGUGCGUGACACAUGCUCAGCAACAUGCCUGACAGAACUAUGUGAAUUCUGUCUCGCAACCGUUUCGCAACUGUACUUUUCUGUUGUAGACCCCGUCAAGUUGACGCUCAAAAUAAGUGACUUUAAAAGUUUUCAGCCGACACAAACUUCUGGCCAACAGCAGAAGCCGAAGCCCCGCCCACUCAUGGAGCACGUCAUUUCGCCUCCUCCGUCCACGAACACUUCUUCUCUCAGGGUACGCUUGUUCCUCAUCCGUCCAGUCCCUUCGCAAUCCGUUCGUUCCAGGAGAAGUCGUGCCGUCAGAAUACGCAAAAAUCAAACGCCGCUCCGAAGAAGAAGUCGUCGCCAGCGCCUCCGUCUUCGACCGUUCAAAAAGUAAAAGGACCGUACUCGUCCUCCAGUUCGCCGCGAGACCUUCAUCUCGUAUCGUCGACUCCGUCGUCCCGUUCCUCCUCCUCAAUGUCCUCGUCGACCGGCGCCCUCGUCUCGCCCACGCUCACCGUAUCCUCGCCACGUGUGCUGCAAGUGAAGGGCGGUCCGCAAAAGUACUCGAUGCCGCGGCCGAACGCUUUCGCUCCGAUGAUCGCCCAAUCCGACGAGAAGGAGUGCAUUUGCGAUCGCAAGAAGACGCACGUCGUCUGCAAAAGGUCAGUUCGUUUUGCAACCGUGCCACUUGGCAACCGAGACUUCUUCCAACAAAUUGUAUGAACCUUUUCGGUCCAGAUAAGUCCGAAAAGUCUAGGCCCUCGAAGCCCUGAUCUCAUUUCGCAACCUCUACUUAAAUCCGUUCCAGAUGCGGCUACGAAUGCGUGGGCCGAGUCCAGAUCACUUGCGGCCAACAUCCGUACAUUCUGGCGCUCAAUGACCUGCGCGAGUGCCCGAAUCCCGUGUGCCACAGUGUCCAAUUGCUCGAAAUCGACGAGUUCUGCGGCGAAGACGUUCACGACGACGCCGUCGAACAGUUGCUCGCCGAGCCCAUCGAGAAGAUUGAUUUGCAGUCGUGA